AGCAGGUUCCAGAAGGCGGGGUGGGAAGAGGAAAGGCGGGCGGAGGAAGGGAAGGAAGGAGCGGCGGAGACCAGGCGGGCCGUUGCGGGCACUCUCCGGCGCGAUGGAGAAGGUGAAUGAAUUGAAGGAGAAAGGGAACAAGGCCCUGAGCUCAGGGAACACUGCUGAAGCUAUCAAGCACUACUCGGAGGCCAUCAAAUUGGAUUCCAACAAUCACGUGCUCUACAGCAAUCGCUCUGCUGCUUAUGCCAAGAAGGGGGAAUAUCUGAAAGCCCUAGAAGAUGCUUGCAAGACCAUUGAGCUGAAGCCAGAGUGGGGCAAGGGCUACUCCCGAAAGGCGGCCGCUCUGGAAUUCCUGAACCGCUUUGAGGAGGCCAAGAAGACAUACGAAGCGGGGUUGAAACACGAACCAGGCAAUCCACAGUUGAAAGAAGGGCUGCAAAACAUGGAGUCGAGGCUGGCAGAAAGGAAUCUCAUGAACCCUUUCAACAUGCCCAACCUCUACCAGAAGCUGGAGAGCGAUCCCCGGACGAGGAACCUACUCAGCGAUCCGAGUUACCGGGAACUGAUUGAGCAACUCCGCAGCAAGCCAUCCGAAUUGGGGGCGAAGCUGAAGGACCCGCGGGUAAUGACCACCCUAGGAGUGCUGCUUGGCGUAGACUUAGCCGCUGCCGAUGAUGAAGAUGAAGCCAUGUCUCCACCCCCACCUCCGCCCCCCAAGAAAGAACCCAAGCCAGAGCCCAUGGAGGAAGACCUCCCAGAGAAUAAGAAGCAGGCUCUUAAGGAAAAAGAACUGGGCAAUGAAGCUUACAAGAAGAAAGACUUUGAAGCAGCAUUGAAGCAUUAUGAUAAAGCACGGGAACUGGACCCAACCAAUAUGACUUACCUCACCAAUCAAGCAGCGGUGUAUUUUGAGAAGGGAGACUACAACAAGUGCCGAGAGCUUUGUGAGCAGGCCAUCGAGGUCGGGCGAGAGAACCGGGAGGAUUACCGCCAGAUUGCCAAUUAUAGCAAAUCAGCACUAUACAGGACUGCAUUAUGUAGGGCAUUACUGUAUUUGCAUGCCAUGGCUGUAUCUCUGCCCAGCUUCCCAUUCCAGGGCAUGGUGAGGGGCAGAGAGGCACCCAGAAUGGUAAACCAGUGGCUCGGCUCGGCUGUCAGAGAAGACUGGAAAACAGCCCACUGGAAGGAGAAAGCUGCACGCUCUGAUCUUUCCCUGAACAAACAAUCUCUUAAAGAGUUAUUUCUUUCCCAUUUGCAGGACUGUGAAGAAUGUAUUCGCCUAGAACCUGCAUUCAUCAAGGGCUACACUCGCAAGGCAGCCGCGCUGGAAGCGAUGAAAGACUACACCAAAGCGAUGGAUGUCUAUCAGAAAGCCCUUGAGCUGGAAUCCGGCUGCAAGGAAGCUGCAGAGGGUUACCAGCGCUGCCUCAUGGCUCAGUACAACCGCAAUGAUAACCCGGAGGAGGUGAAGCGCCGUGCCAUGGCUGACCCAGAGGUCCAGCAGAUCAUGAGUGACCCGGCCAUGAGACUGAUCCUUGAACAGAUGCAGAAGGACCCUCAAGCGCUAAGCGAACACUUGAAGAAUCCGGUCAUUGCUCAGAAAAUCCAGAAGCUCAUGGAUGUCGGUUUGAUUGCAAUCCGGUGAUGAUUCUGACUCUGCGCCCUCCUUCCUCCUUCCCUGUUGAGAAGGGCAGCUGGGACUCCUGGAGACGCUGGCAACGCGGUUCAAGGGCGCGCGCGCCCCCCCUCUGUUAGAGGCAGAGACUUGUACAGUCGAGUGGGUGUGCCUGUUCCCCACACACACACACGUGCGCACCCACACAGUUGUGCUCACGCCAAUCCACCCCGCCAGCUCCAGAGCUGGCCCCUCGAUGAUCAUUGUGGCCUGUCGUUCUGUCUCUCUCAGCAGUUGUUCCCAUUUGUGAGCUGCCCUCCUCUCUCUUUUUUUUCUUUCCUCUUUCCCCCCAACCAGCUCCUUGCAGUUUUAAAUUCUCUUGGCCAGCGGCUGUGGCGCGGAGAAGUUCACCAGUCAUUGGUUGUCUGAAUCGGUUCAGCUGUGAAGCUGUGUUUUUUCUUUUUUCUUUUUUUUUUUCUUGUCUGCCGCACAUGCAAUAAAAGAGCAAAGUUAGUGGCCUUGGCUUUC